CUAUAGUGUCGGAUUACCGCGGUGACAAGCGGUGUGGAUGGAGUCUGUAAGUCACUAGGCACCUAUGACUGCCAGCAUCGUCCAGCUGACUCGCCACUCUGCCCCCAACACGCCUUUAGUGUUCCGUAUUGAAGUCCCAACCAACAGCAAUACAGCACAUCGUCACAUUGACCUUCUGAAGUCCACGUCGCGGUGUACCGGUGUUCAUCAUGGGGAGUUACCGGCAUACAGUGUUUUGAUUCAAAAGACAAUUUUCCUAUAAAUUUUGUUGUGGUUGUUGCGUGUGUGUCGGGAUUUCCUCGCAGCUCAAGUGGUACCGGGUUUUAGACGCAAGAGUUAAGGGAGAACGUUAGAAAUUAGACCCUUGAGGUACGGAAGAGGGGUGAACUGUGGCCGUGCUUGCGUCAAGUACUGAGUGAAUUGCCUCAUUGCAACGGGACUCUCCUCAUUGUAACAGGAAUCUCAGUGUAUCAGGACUCUCCCCAGUGCAGUAGUACUCUCCUCAGUGCAACAGAAUUCUCUUCAGUGCAACAGAACUCUCCUCAGUGCAAAAGAACUCUCCUCGGUGUACCAGGGCUCUCUUCAGUGCAACAGGACUUACCUCUGUGCAACAGGACUCUCCUCGGUGCAACAAGACUCUCCUCGGUGCAACAAGACUCUCUUCAGUACAACAGCACUUCAAAUUUCUCUGUAUAAUCUCACGAUCAAAACAAAGUCUUAAUGAACAGAAAUAACAGAUCUUUUCUUGAGCUUGAGUUUAAUCAAGUGAACUUUUGACUCGAAACACUUGAAAACUUGAGAGCUCAAGUUUUCCUACGAGCUCUUGACUCGUAGGAAUUAGUACAAGUAAUUAUAAAAGGCGCCAAGCGGGGAAGACUGUAGCAGGAAUUCCUACAAACCAUUGCCAACAAAUACUUAGUAAAGCUAAAGACCUAAGUUCUGCAGCUUCCGAAUACAUGCACGAAGUUCUAUAACCCUUUAAGUCAACAGCUAGCCCAUGGAAAACAAAAAGACUGGAAUCUAGAACCAAUCGCCGAUUAGAUUCCUGAAACUACCACUCAGAACUGUUUUUUAUAAACUCCCAUCCCUCUCCUUUCCUUUCCUUAGCAUCAUACCCCUCCCCUUCCACCUGUACUCUACCCAGCCAGCACCACCGAGGCAACCAUGUACGGGCUGGAGAACGUGAACCUGGAGGCCAUGAACCGCCAGUGGAUGGCCUCGCCAGGCUACCUGGACUGGGACGUGGCGGCGGCCACUACCACCUCCGCCUCCUCCUCCCCGGCGUCCUCAUGCGAGGCUGCCGACUCCUGGCUGCCCUGGACCACCUCCCACAAGUCCCCACAGGAGGACUCCCUGCUGGCCUCGAGUGCGCGCGAGAACCGUCGGCGGCGACGCAUGUGUCCCCUGACGCAGGUCCGGCAGCGCCAGGCGGCCAACAUGCGCGAGCGACGCCGCAUGGCCUCCAUCAACGACGCCUUCGAGGGCCUCAGAUCCCACAUACCCACCAUGCCAUACGAGAAGCGCCUUUCCAAAGUGGACACGCUGCGACUGGCCAUCGGCUACAUCACCUUCCUCUCAGACAUGGUGGAGACGAACCCGGAACUCCAGCCGCAGGAUCCAGUCAACAGUAAUAAUAAUAAUAAUAAUAAGAUCCUGGUCAAGAGCAAUGUUGAUGUGUAUGGCGGCGGGGGCGGCGUGGCGGGCGAGCACCACACCUUCACCGAGCUCUCGUGGGCACCCCAGCGGCAGGAGGUCAUCAACGGCAGAGUCAACACCUCCCUCUGGACCCCCACCCACGCUAACUGACACGCCCGUGU